UAUUGCAUCACGUUGGGCACGCGUAUCGUAACGUGACUUACCCGAAAUAAUUUGUAGCCUUGAGACAGAGAUUACGUAAUAGUACCAGGUCCCUCGGCAUCAGAACAUUUGACUAAGGUCUUUGUGACUUAUUGUUGUCCCAGACUGGAGCAGACAGCGUCGACGAUCGUAUUUAUAUGAGAAAACCCUUGUUCUACAGCAUCACUACAGAUCCAGUUUUUGAGGAUUUUUAGACUUGUUGCAAGUACAAGCCAUCUCAUCACCGGUCAGCAUCACUGACCCCAAUUGCCAUGGCAACCAAGAGCAAGGAUGAGGUUUUCUGCAAGGCGGAUUGCGUCAGCGUCCGUGGCAUCCCGACUCGUAUCAUGAAAGUUGAGCAGCGUAACCCCGGCAACCAAACAAGUGUCAAUGCUCUAGAUGUCCUGUUUUUAGUUAUCCCAGGCAACCCUGGAGUUGUUGAUUUCUACGAGGUCUUCAUGGAGACAUUGUACAAGGCUAGUGGUUGCAGAGCAUCUGUGUGGGGCAUAUCCCAUGCUGGGCACGCCAUACUACCCAAAGAACACAGCAGUAACACAGAAACCUACAGUUUAGAGGACCAGAUAGAUCACAAAGCAGCUUUCAUCCAAGAUUUUGUGCCUCCAGAUAAAAGGAUUGUGCUCAUUGGCCAUUCCAUCGGCUGCCACAUCAUCCUCCAGAUCAUGCAGCGACAUCCCACCCUCCCGAUCCUCAAAUCUCUCCUCCUGUUCCCAACCAUCGAGAAGAUGUGGGCCUCACCAAACGGCACUGUCAUGGCACCGUUCCUCUGCUACGCCCGUUGGUUGGGGGUCUUCGUCGUCUUUCUGGGCUCCUAUCUGUCUGAUUGGGUCAAGUGGCGGAUGGUCACCUGGUUUCUCAAAGAAAGAAAGGUUCCAACGUGCGCCUUCCACGCUGCCCUCAAUCUCUUCAACCCCAGCUGUGCCAACAACUCACUCACCAUGGCAGCGCACGAGAUGCGUGAAGUCGUGGAACCAGACCUGGACGCCGUCGCCAAACACCUACCCAAGCUGGUGUUCUACUACGGCGCGACGGACGGCUGGUGUCCCGUGGACUAUCACGACGACAUGAAAGCGUUGUUCCCAGAGGGCGACAUUCGGUUGUGUAAGCGGGGCAUGGAGCACGCGUUCUGCUUGGAGUCGAGCGAGCUGAUGGCAGAUAUGGUGUGGAACUGGCUCCAUCCAGUCAUCAAGUCAUCAAAAAGCUGAAACAACUUAGAUGCGCACCCCGAGUUGCUUCAAGACCCAGCAGUCAGUCAAAGUGUGUCUAAUUUCAGUUACUCUUGCUUUAUGAUAAGCUACGUCUUCUAUGGCUAGCUCAAGUUUAGCAAACAUGAAUGAAGCCCCACAUUACAUAAUAAAAAAAAACACCUGUAGUGUACUACAUACUGUAUUACACUGUGUUACAUAUAUUAUAUUACAAAGUAUCACAUGGUACUACACUGUAUUUAAUUUGUAUUACAAUGUAUCACAUGGUCCUACACUGUAUUUACUUUGUAUUACAUUGUGCUAAACUGUAUUUACUUUGUAUUACAUUGUAUCACAUUGUACUAAAUUGUAUUUACUUUGUAUUACAUUGUAUCACAUUGUACUAAAUUGUAUUUACUUCUGGAUGAACCCAUGAAACCAUACAGUGCUGGGUUGGGUUGGGCGGUAUAAUGAGUAGCAAGUAGGGCACUUUUGGGUGGUACAGACCAAUGGGUUAAUUGCAGAAAGUAUAGCAUUUAUAUACAUUUUGUCUGAAAAUCCUCUUUAAUAUUAGGGUAGGAGGAGGUGCACAGACUAAGGAUUUAUUAAAUGGACUCGUGGGACAUACGCCGCAGUUUUGAAGCAGUUUUGAGGCAGAUGCACUUCACGCAUAAUCAGCUUAUUGUUGCAACAAAUUAAAACUACAGUGACCAAUGGGCACGGUCAAGUCCUAUGUAUUCAGCAUUAUGUAUAUCAACUUAAUUAAAAAUUUGAAACGAUGAUUGCAAUGCUGCAUAUUAAGUCCAACUUUUAAAAUGAAUAAAAUGUGCAAUCUUCGACAUUAAAACUUUCUUCACGAAAAUUUAUGUAUUAAACACAUUCUGUAGGUUCUAUAACUUGCAGAAUCAUUUUGAAGACAAUUUAAACCACCAAAAAAUUCACAUAUUAUCAAGUACACAAUUUCAAACAAUCAUUUUUGAUAUCCAUUUUGUAUACAGUCUGUUCAAUUUUUACCCAUAUUUACAUAAUCUUUACCAGCCUAUUUUUAUAAUGUAAAAAUGGAGAGCAAUAAAUAUUGAUACGAUCGUAUGUACAUAUA